AUGAGUUCUUGGUCAAAGCAAAAUACACUGCAUUUUAUAAAGGCAGUGCGCAGGCAUCCCUGUAUAUGGGAUGUGAAACUAGGAGACUGUAAGAACACUCAGAAAAGGUACGACGAGUGGGAGGAAAUUGCUAAGGCAUUUAACGUGUCAAGGAAGGAAUGUGAGGACAAGUGGCAUUAUUUAAAAAGCCAAUAUAGUCGCGAGUUAGCGAAAAGGAAGAACAGCAAAGGAACUGGAAGUGCCACGAGCAAUGUGUACCACUCUACAUGCUAUGCUUUUGAAAGUAAGAAGUUCAUAAGAGACAAUUACAAACCACUCUCUCAUAGGAGCACACAUGAAGUAGUACCGACGAUUCUCCAUACUGCUAUGGUUUGA